CAGUCCAUUAGCAAAGCUUCGGAAAUUUACCAUCAGCUGUUCAAGGAUCCCAAAAAGGAAGCAGCGUUUUGGCUUGAUCACGUGAUAAAAUAUGGCGGCGCCUACAUGCGAUCAAACCCUCAGAAA